CUCGUUUAUAUAAAGGGACCGAACCAAACUUGCUUUCCUCACCACCUCUUCGUGUCACUUAACUAGUAGCAGCUAAUCCAUCGAUCGACUUGGCUGUCCAAAGAUGGAGCCAAGAAAGGGUGCAGAAGCAAGAGGCUUCGAUGAAAGGGUUUAUGAUUCUUCUGUGGAUCAUAAAGGAAGGAUUCCUCUCCGUGCCUCCACCGGUGUUUGGAAAGCUUCUCUUUUUAUCUUUGCAAUUGAAUUUAGUGAGAGGCUGAGUUACUUUGGAAUAGCAACAAGCUUGAUCAUUUACCUGACAAAGGUGAUGCAUCAAGACCUGAAAACGGGUGCCAGGAGCGUAAACUAUUGGUCUGGUGUCACCACCUUGAUGCCUCUGCUUGGGGGCUUUGUUGCUGAUGCUUACUUGGGUCGAUUCUCCACUGUUUUUUUUUCCUCCAUAGCCUAUCUUCUGGGUUUGAUUCUCUUAACAUUGUCCCAAUUCCUACCAAGUCUCAAGGCAUGUGAUGCAGACAUUUGUCCAGAACCAAGGAAGGUUCAUGAAGUGGUCUUCUUUCUUGCUAUCUACUUGAUCUCUAUGGGAACUGGAGGACAUAAACCCUCUUUAGAGAGUUUUGGAGCCGACCAAUUUGAUGAUGAUCACAGUGAAGAAAGAAAGAAAAAGAUGUCGUAUUUCAACUGGUGGAACUUUGGCCUCUGCUGUGGUCUCCUACUUGGUGUAACAUUAAUUGUUGAUGUACAGGACCAUAUCAGCUGGGGUGUUGCAGAUAUUAUUCUCACCGCAGUUAUGGCUCUCACGCUAGUCAUCUUCAUUGUAGGAAGGCCAUUUUACCGUUAUAGGGUGCCAACGGGCAGCCCCUUGACCCCUAUGUUGCAGGUUCUUGUUGCUGCCAUAAAGAAAAGAAACCUGCCAAAUCCUUCCAAUCCUGCCGAUCUCCAUGAAGUACCCAAGUCGCAGAUGGACCAAGGGAGGCUUCUUUGCCAUACCCAUAAGCUCAAAUUUCUAGACAAAGCGGCUAUUGUGGAAGAGACAGAAAAUGCUGCCGAGAAGCAAAGUCCUUGGAGACUUGCAACUGUGACCAAGGUGGAGGAAAUGAAGCUUAUUCUCAACAUAAUCCCAAUAUGGCUAGCUGCCUUACCAUUUGGAAUUUGUGUAGCACAAGCCUCCACAUUCUUCAUCAAGCAAGGCACCACGUUGAACCGAAAGAUUGGAAAUGGUUUUGAGAUUCCUCCGGCCUCCAUUUACUCACUUGCUGCCAUUGGAAUGAUAAUAUCCGUCACCAUUUAUGAGAAGGUCCUAGUGCCAAUACUAAGAAGGAUGACAGGAAACGAGCGAGGCAUCAAAAUCCUUCAAAGAAUUGGCUUUGGAAUGCUUUUCUCAAUUGCAACAAUGGUUGUUUCAGCCUUGGUGGAGAGAAAGAGGCUACGUGUUGUGGAGAAGGAUCCGCUGAAGGGUUCACUAUCAAUGGGUGUAUUUUGGUUGGCUCCACAAUUUCUGAUCAUAGGCAUAGGAGAUGGAUUUACACUAGUGGGGUUGCAAGAGUACUUCUAUGAUCAAGUUCCUGAUUCCAUGAGGAGCUUAGGCAUUGCCUUCUACCUUAGUGUGAUUGGAGCUGCAAACUUUCUUAGUAGUCUGCUAAUAACGGUUGUGGAUCAUGUUACAGAGAAAUAUGGGAAGAGUUGGUUUGGGAAGGACCUAAACAGUAGUCGAUUAGACAAUUUUUACUGGCUAUUAGCGGGCAUUACCACAGCAAAUAUGAUAACCUAUGUGUUGUUGGCCAGGCGAUAUUCUUAUAAAAAUGUGAAUAGGAGCAUGGCUGUGGCUGAUUACUGUGGGGAUGAUUGGGCAAGCUCUGUGGCUUGAAAUGGAAAUUUCCCAAGUCGUGUAUAAAUAACAUGUCUUAUAAUGCAUUUACUUGGAAUCUUAA